AUGGAGUCUAAGGAUUCAUCACAGAAACCAGGGGAGGCCGAAGUAGUGGUCAUGGUCUCCUCAAGGGCAAUAAUCUCGGGCAUACUUACUCCGGCUACUAUUGUCAUUUCAGUUGCAACAGGCAAAAUAACUUCUGUCUCCAAGACUGUUCUUCCUGAAUCUGAAUUUAAAGGCCAAAAUAUCUCAUAUAAGGAUUAUUCUCCAUGGGUUCUUAUGCCGGGACUUGUCGAUGCGCAUGUGCAUCUAAAUGAACCUGGGCGAACAGAGUGGGAAGGAUUCUAUACGGGCACUCAAGCAGCGGCUUUUGGUGGUGUGACUACCGUCAUUGAUAUGCCGUUGAAUUCCAUCCCUCCAACGACGACAGUUCCAUGGCUGGAGGAAAAGGUCAAAGCAGCAGAGGGCCAAUGUUGGGUUGACUAUGCCUUCUAUGGAGGGCUAGUGCCGAACAACGCCUCUGAGUUGAAAUCCUUGGUAAUGAGUAAUGUAAAGGGAUUUAAGGGGUUUUUGAUUGACAGUGGUGUGGAGGAGUUCCCGGCUGUUUCCUCAGGAGAUAUCAAAUCUGCAAUGGAGGAAUUAGCAAACGAGAAGACUGUUCUCAUGUUCCACGCUGAGAUGGAAAGCCCAGGGAACCCAGAAGAUCAGGGGCAUGGAGGAUGCAGUACAUUCAAGUCUCCAACAUCAUAUUCAACUUUCCUAUCAUCCCGACCUCCCAAGCUUGAAACCACUGCAGUACAGGAAAUCCUAUCACUCUCUUACGUUGCACCAGAUUUGCCUUUGCAUAUUGUACAUUUGUCUGCUGUCGAAUCAAUCCCUAUGCUGCGCGAGGCUCGUGGGAAAGGAGCAAAGAUCACUGCAGAAACAUGCUUCCAUUACCUGUCUCUAGCUGCGGAAGAUAUCCAAGAUGGUGAUACGAGGUUCAAAUGUUGUCCUCCAGUCCGUGGAAAAGCCAAUCAAGACCAGCUUUGGGACGAACUACUUCGCCAUUCCUCGGAUGGGGUUAUAAAAACAGUGGUUUCCGACCACUCGCCUUGUACGCCAAAUUUGAAGAUGCUUCCCAGCCAUAUCCCUGGGAACACAGGGGAAGUAAAAUCCGGUGAUUUUAUGGAAGCUUGGGGAGGUAUAUCUUCCGUGGGUCUUGGGCUGCCCAUCCUAUGGACUGAAAUACAAAGGCGAUAUAAGGGUGAUUUUACUCCUGCGGGAAAACCAUUCUUAGAGGAGAUCGCUCGGUGGUGCUGCAGCAAUACUGCUGCACAGGUAUCAUGCGAUAAGCUAAAAGGCUCCUUGGCUGUCGGCUAUGAUGGUGAUGUGUGCGUUUUUGAUGACAAGGCGGAGUGGGUGGUCGAACCAAGCACCAUGCUGUUCAGAAACAAAUGUUCCCCGUACCAGGGGAAAACCAUGAAGGGUAUCGUAAGGGAGACCUGGUUGAGAGGCCGGAAGGUAUUUACUCGGUCUGAGGGUUUUCACGGAACGUGCAGCGGUGUCCGAAUUUGA